CUUUAGUAUGAGUGUGAAUUUUGCAAAGAAAUUAGUAACUAAAUAUUUUCAGAGCAGCAGUGUGUGUGACAUUAACUGGUUGCCUGUGUUAUAUUUUUAAGUUGCCGUUAUACGUUCCUGCUACUACAAUACUGUAACUGUGUAUAGUACUUAUAAAUAUACAAUAUAAAAUAUUUUGUUUUAAAAUAUGAAAUAAGUAAUGAGCAAUUAUCUUGUUCUAUGACAAGUGUAAUAAUUAGUUUUACAAACAUUUAACAAUUUUUAUCCGCUUUAAAUGAAUAGUUUUCGAAAUGUCUAUUGUGUUACAAAGUUCUUAAGUAAAUAAGUUGAAAAAUAAAUGGAAGCUCGGCGAAGCGGUCGCGGUGCGGGAGCCUGGACUAAAUUCAGGCUCCUAACAUGGAAAAACUUCCUGCAACAAUUGCGGCACCCUAUACAGACAGUCCUGGAACUGCUCCUGCCGGUGGCCACCAUGUGCUUGGUAUUGCUACUACGAUGGCAAAUCGAACCAGAGAUUAGGCCGAUAUCUACAUUCACCCCGUUUCCUGCUCACUCGAUAGAUCUCGAUAAUACUUCGAUAUUGGUGUAUACCGAACUGAAUCACCGAGAACUUUCAAUUGCUUACUCUCCGAAGAGUGAAGCUUUGGAUGAUGUUAUUAGAUCAGCUGUUGUGAAUUUACUAAUUCGCAAUGUUGCUGAUAUUAUAAAAGACAACGUUGACUUCCCGGAAAUAAAUCUUCCGCCAGGAAUCGUUAUACCAGAUCAUGGAAAUUUGACUAGUACUAUUUUGGAAAUUAUUAAAUCUUUAAUAAGAGUUGAUUCAUAUAACACUAGUGCAGACCUCAGAAGUAUUUAUGAUGACGAAAGGACAACCCGAAGUGUAAUAGCAGCCGUAGAAUUUGAGGAUAGACUUUUAGGUGCUGCUCAAUUACCUAGUAAUAUUACAUAUUCAUUACGUUUUCCUGCAAGAUCGCGAAUUAAUCAGUUCUUUGGAUUGGGUUCACGGACUUGGAGAACUGACCUCUUGUUUCCUAUUUUCGAACUUCCGGGACCAAGGAGUUACAAUCGCAAUGGCGGUCGUGAUCCAGGAUAUGUUCCCGAAAUGUUCAUAGCGUUACAACACAUGAUCUCGACAACACUAGUAUCAAAGUUAACUGGAGAAUCUGCUUUGAUGUCAUUCAAUGUAAAUCUCCAACGAUACCCACAUCCAUCCUUCAUGUAUGACUUAGUUGUUGAUGCACUUCAGAUGUUAUUUCCCACCUUCAUUUUGCUUAGCUUUAGUUAUGCAGCUGUAAACAUAACAAGAGCCGUUACCGUGGAAAAAGAACUACAAAUAAAAGAAACAUUGAAGAUAAUGGGUAUGCCGACCUGGAUACAUUGGACAGCCUGGUUUUGUAAACAAUUUAUUUAUUUGUUUAUAGCAGCAGUACUUAUAUUAAUUAUUCUAAAGGUUAAUUGGUUUACUAACGAGGACGGAUAUAGUGAUUACGCUGUGUUCACAAAUACACCCUGGAGUGUGUUGCUAUUUUUUUUGCUUUUAUAUUUGGCAUGCAUGAUAUUUUUCUGCUUCAUGUUGAGUAGUUUCUUUUCAAAAGGAAGUACAGCUUCACUCUUCGCGGGUAUUGUAUGGUACAUGACAUACAUACCGGCCUUUAUGUUGGCAAUGGAUAUUGAUAUGUCAAUACCGGUCCAGAUCCUCACUUGCCUCAGUAUCAACUCUGCCAUGUCUUACGGAUUCCAACUCAUGUUGGCGAGAGAGAGCACAGGAGGUAUGCAAUGGGGUGAAUUCAUGUCAUCACCAACGAUGGAUACGUCACGGCUGCUGUUCGGUCAUGUGGUAAUAAUGCUUGUAGUUAACUGCGUCAUAUACAUGCUUGUAGCCCUUUAUUUUGAACAAGUACUACCAGGGCCUUAUGGUACGCCGAAAAAGUGGUACUUUCUGUUUCAAAUAGAAUUUUGGUUCCGUAAUAGAAAAUUUAAAUCAGAUGCAGACGUGAUAAUACCGGAAACACCUCAAAUAACAAAGGAAUUAGACCCCCUGGAUCAUGCAGUUGGCGUUGAAAUUACAAAUUUGACUAAAGUCUUUGGGAACAAUGUUGCUGUAAAUAAUUUAUCAUUGAACAUAUAUGAUGAUCAAAUAACUGUGCUGCUUGGUCACAAUGGUGCCGGAAAAUCUACCACAAUUUCAAUGUUGACAGGUAAUUUGCCAGUAACCAGCGGAUCUAUUAUGGUAGCUGGUUAUGACAUGGCCUGGCAUACAAGCGAAGCACGCCGCCACAUCGGUCUUUGCCCCCAGCACAACGUACUUUUCAACGAGCUUACCGUCAAAGAACAUUUAGAGUUUUUCUCUCGUCUAAAAGGGUAUCAGGGUGAAACACUGCGAGAAGAGGUAGAUAGUCUUAUUGCUAAAUUGGAACUGCAGGAAAAGCGUAAUUAUCAAGCGCAGGGCUUGUCGGGUGGACAGAAGAGGCGCUUGUGCGUUGGAAUUGCUUUAUGUGGCGACGCGCGAGUCGUACUUCUAGACGAGCCUACGUCUGGAAUGGAUCCUUCCUCCAGGCGCGCCCUAUGGGAUCUUCUGCAGGAGGAAAAAAAAGGUAGAUCCAUGAUCCUAACCACACAUUUUAUGGAUGAAGCUGAUAUACUAGGAGAUCGCAUAGCUAUUAUGGCUAAUGGCCAACUGCAAUGCGUUGGCUCUCCAUAUUUCUUGAAGAAGCACUACGGUAUUGGCUACUCUCUUGUCAUAGUGAAGGAUGAAGGCUUUAAUGAGGAAGCGUGUACAAAACUUAUAAAUAAAUACAUUCCCAUGGCAAUGAUAAAAGAGGAUAGAGGGUCGGAGGUAACAUAUAACUUAAAAAAUGAAUACUCGCACAUUUUUGAACAGAUGCUCAAUGAUCUUGAAAAUAAUGUGGAGGUAGUAAAGUUCAAAAAUUAUGGUCUACUUGCAACCACAUUGGAAGAUGUGUUUAUGACAGUUGGAUCCGAUGUACCCACGGAGGCUGACGACGCUGACACAACUGUCGACUCUAUCAGUGAAGAAACAAAAUACGACAUCGAUGCGUCAUCUAUAGAUCGAUUGAGGGACGAGGAAUCGAUUAGUGGUUUCCCAUUGCUUUGCCAACAAGUGUUGGCGACCUGGUUGAAACUGUGGCUGGUGUGGAGCCGUUCUUGGGGGAUGGUGCUGCUCCAGAUCCUCGUGCCCACGCUGCUGAUCACCUCCACUUUGGGCGUUAUGAGAUACAUCACCUCAUUCACACCCACCAUUGUACGAAGGCCGUUGUCCCUUACUGAAGGAUAUAUGUCCACUGAGAGCCUUUUAUCUUUCAACGGUACAUCGACAUCGUCACUCGGUGCCCUGGCCUUUUCUGCCUAUGAAUAUUUCAUAAACAGUUUGAAUGCCAAUGCACAAAUCACCAUCGUUAAUGAAACUGUCGACGAGCACUAUUUAAAAAUUGGUAAAGAUCCAAUUGCUAUGGGACAAAUACGUCACCGGGUGCUAACGGGAGCAUCAUUUUCUGACAAUUCUGCAACGGCGUGGUUCAGCAACUUCGGCUAUCACGACAUAGCGACGUCACUAGCGAAUGUGCACACUGCUCUCCUCAAAUCCAGACUUCCUGAUGCUCAAAUAAACGUGUUCAAUCAUCCACUAGAAGUCAACUAUAGCGACCAGACUGAUAUGCAAGUGAUGGUGCAAAUGAUGUCGAUGCAACUUGCGGUCGGCAUCGGUUCCAGUUUGGGCAUUGCCAGCGCCGUUUUUGUUAUGUUCUACAUUAAGGAGCGCGUAUCACGAGCUAAGCUUCUCCAGAAGGCGGCUGGCAUCCAGCCCGUUGUGAUGUGGGGCAGCGCCGCGGUCUUUGACUGGGCCUGGUUCUUGAUCAUCGGGGUUACGGUUGUUAUAUCAUGCGUAGCGUUUGAUGUGGCGGGGCUUUCUACAGUUGACGAAUUAGGUCGCAUGUAUCUCUGCCUGAUGAUUUAUGGAGCCGCCAUGGUGCCCCUUAACUAUUUGUACACGCAAUACUUCAACGGCCCCGCUCUCGGAUUCACAGUUGUGUUUUUCGUUAACGUUCUAUUAGGAAUGAUGGGUCCACAAAUAGUUGAUGCACUGUCGCAUCCAGAAUUAACUACACAAAAUGUGGCAGAAAUUUUGGACUACGUGCUGCAAUUCUUCCCGCUCUAUAGUUUAGUCUCGGCUAUCAGAUUGUUAAACCACCACGGAAUGAGAGUAGCUUCGUGCAUGCAUAUUUGCGAGUUAAGGUCAUUAAACAGCACCCAGUGCUCUAUGGAAAUUUUAUGCAAUACUAUCUAUUUUUGUUGUGUUGAAGAGGACCCUUUCUUCAAAUGGGAUGAUGGUGGUAUACUCCGCUUCAUAACAGUGAUGAUAAUAAGUUGUGCCGUUUUGUGGAUCGUCUUUUUAAUGAUUGAAUAUCGACAAUUCCAAAAGAUAUUCACUCGGAAAAGGACCCCCCCACCGGUCGACCAGAGCAGUGUAGAUGAAGACGUAUUGCAAGAGAGCAAACACGCUGACAAUUUGGACGUAAGAGCACUCGGAGAACACAGCCUCGUAGCACGCGGCCUCUCUAAGUACUACGGCAAACAUCUCGCUGUUAAUCAAAUCUCUUUUACCGUCAACGAUUCGGAAUGCUUUGGUCUGUUGGGCGUGAAUGGUGCGGGUAAAACGACUACCUUCAAAAUGCUGAUGGGCGACGAGUCGAUCUCCAGUGGCGACGCUCACGUCAGCGGAUAUUCCGUGCGAAGCCAACUUCCUAAGGUCUACGAGAAUAUAGGAUAUUGUCCACAAUUCGACGCCGUUUUUGACGAGCUGACGGGGCGGGAGACGCUGCUGCUGUUCGGGCUGUUGCGCGGUCUGCGCUCGCAUCACUCGCGGGCGCGCAUCGAGGCGCUCGCGCACGCGCUUGGAUUCACCAAACACUUGGACAAGCGGGUGCAUCAGUAUUCGGGCGGCAACAAGCGCAAGCUGAGCACGGCGGUGGCGCUGCUCGGGCGCACGCGGCUCGUGUUCGUCGAUGAGCCCACCACUGGCGUCGACCCCGCCGCUAAGCGACAGGUAUGGCGCGCGAUUCGAGGCGCGCAGCGUGCGGGGCGCGGCGUGGUACUGACGUCACAUAGCAUGGAGGAGUGCGAGGCGCUGUGCUCGCGGCUCACCAUCAUGGUAAACGGCCGCUUCCAGUGUCUCGGCACGCCGCAGCAUCUCAAGAACAAAUUCUCUGAAGGAUUCACUUUGACUAUCAAAAUAAGGAUGGGCAUGCAACGCCAGCUUUCUUCGGCCGGAGAAACCUUAGCAACAGUGGAUACAGUCAAGCGAUAUGUUGAGACGAACUUUAGCAAUCCAACACUCAUGGAAGAGUACCAGGGCCUCCUGACUUACUACUUGCCAGACAGGAGCUUAGCUUGGUCCAACAUGUUCGGCAUUAUGGAGCGAGCCAAACGGGACAUCAAUGUGGAGGACUAUAGUAUCUCACAGACCACCCUUGAACAAAUCUUUCUACAGUUCACCAAAUAUCAGCAAGAGUCAAUACUUAAUAAUAAAUAGGACCCCCAAUACCUAGUUAUUUAAAAUUAGGUACCAAUUUAUAUAGAAAAACAUUUAUUACAACUUUAAGAGAGACACAAAUGACAGAGUUUUUGUUGAAUCUAUUGUGAAUAUCAUGUAACCUUAUUUUCAUAAACAUAUACAUAAUAAUAUUCACGCGAAACGAUGUUGACCAAAAUAAAUGACAGGUAGUGUAAUUUUCUUUUCUUUUUUUUACUUAUACGUUAUUUUCUGUUGGUGUUAUUUUGUUUAUAUUCUAUAAUCAGUCAGAGAUAGGCUUUUAUAUUAUAGUUAAAUCAGUAAGUUAGGUAACGUAUUUCAUAUAUCUAGUCUUAUUCGCUAUUCUACUUAAUUACAGAUAAAAGAGGCUGAAUUAUUGAAAGCUUGUAACAAAAAUUGGUAACAUUUAUUGACGAUUGUCGUUAAAUCGUUUUUCACUAUAGUUAUAUUACAAAUAAAAAUCAAUUAGUCCAUAACAUCGUUAGUAUCGUUUAAAUGACAUAGAUAUACAUAUAAUUAAAUAGCGAAAAAUUAUAAAGCACCUUUCAUAACUCCAACGAUAACGCGUUCAUUUUUGCUUUAGGUACUUUGUUUUUGACCGUUCAAAGAGAGCAACUUUAUUAAGAUUAAAUAAGAAAAUGCAAUAUUUGGCAACAUUAAUGGGUUUAAUUAAAACCUGUAUUCUUUAGGUUUUUUUCUUUAUAUUAAUCCGGAAAAUUCAGGCCGUAACUCACUAAAUUAGGAGUUUGAGUAUUCAUUAUAAAUAGGGGAGAUACUUUCACACUAAAAAGAUUAGAUUUUGCAAGUUAAUCAUUUAUGUCCUGGGUUCCAAACCUGGGGGUAAUUACCCCUCCGGUGGUAAAUCAGCCAUACUUCGGGGGUAACAAAGAAUCUAAUUAUUUGGUCAAAUCUAAAUAAUAAGAAAAUACUAUAUAAUAAUACUACUAAAUAGAGCAUGCGCUCUUUCUUGCUAGCGAGCCCGCGGGGUGCUGAGUGUGGGAAGCGGGGCGAGAUUUUCUCCUGAUGUUGACAUUAUUAGAGGACGAAGAUGUGGCGGCCAAAUUGGAAUUUCUUGGACUGAUGAUAACAUUUUAAAGUCGGGGUAAAAUCUGUUUUCCUAAUAGGUUACAGGGGUAGCAGUAUUGAAAAGGUUAGGAAACACUGAUUUAUGUAUUACCCUACGUUAUAAGUAAAUAUUGUAUUGUAAUUAUACCAAAACAAUAACUUACCGCAAUAAACUUUUUUAUGCAUUACAUGUA